AUGACUACCAUCCGUCGCAAGGAGGCUCAGACAACGGUAGAGAAUUCCGAGAGACUCCAAGAAGACCAAACUCCGAAUACGGAGAAGGAUUCGGCUAUGGACGUGGACGAGCUCGACCCCGAAUGCUUGGUAGCUAUCCAGAAACGCCCUUCCACGCCGGAAAUUCGAGUCCUUUCCAAGGAGGAUCAAAUCAAACUCCGGGUGAAAGAGCACGUCGGGCUCUGGAAGCAAUGCCAAGUAGCUUCCAGAGAACGGCCGACGGCAAGGCUCAGAGCCUUACUGACUACCGCUCAGGAGAGUCAGAAGGCUCUUCAGAAACUCAUCGACAACGAGGAGAUCGAGAGUUACGUGAAAGGGUGGAACCCUUGGGACGAGAAAAAGAUACAUUUCCCGCCUCCUCCCAAGAAACAAGUGAUGAAGUUCAAAAGAAACGACUCGGGCAAACGACAAAGCUCAACUUCGACAAACUUCGCCGAUCCCGUCAAGUGGAAGAGAGUAGCCGACUUACUCCAGACGGCUUCCGGACUGUAUCAGAACCUGUAA